CGCCCGGAGGCGUGCCGGUCGGCUGGGCGUAUUCUUCCACUGGUACGUCUUGGUGGCCGACAUCUUGUGGUCCCUCAUACCCCUGGUGCAGGCCUCUAAAGAGAAACGCUGGCCCUUCCAGCAGAUGCCGUUGGGCACUUGGGCGAGGUCGCCCUUUUACGAACUCUCAUACGUGCUGCAGUGCGCCUCCACCGUCUUCUUCUCCCUGAUCAGUGUGGACGUGGACUGCUUCUUUGUGGCCGUCAUGACCCACAUAACAGUCCAGCUGAGAAUCCUAACAUCCCGCUUCGCCACUGUUGGCACCGGAAAGAACGAAACUGUGAACGAACUGGACUGUCAGGCCUCUAGGCUAAAGGACGCCAUUCACGAGCAACUGCGCGCUUGCGUCGAGACUCAUCAGAAUCUCUUGAGGCUGGUGAGCUUCCUCAACGUCGUGAUGAGCCCCGUGGCGAUGCUGCAGCUCGCCGUCGGCGCCGUCAGCUCCUGCAUGGUGCUCUUCCCAGCCACAUACAGCACGGAUAACGCAGCCGCCAUGAAGUGCUGGGCAGCUCUCCCAGUGUUGGGGAUCCAGCUGUACCUCUACUGCUCGACAGCGCACCACCUCAAGGACCAGGGGGAGGCAGUGUCGAGCGCGGUGUACAGCUGUGCGUGGCCCGAGAGCGGCUGCCGACUGCAGCGCUCCCUGCUGCUGGUAAUGUGCCGCGCCCAGAGGCCGCUGGUGCUCACCGCCGGCCGCAUGUUCCCCAUCAACAGGGCCACCUUCCUGUCGUUGGUGAAUGCGACUUACUCGUACUACACCGUGCUGAAGAAUGUGAACAACCACUGAGAAGAAAGAACACUAGUUGAUCACCUCUAGCGACGGACCGCUUGUUUCCUCGUUCGUCACUCUGCUCGUCCUGGGGCCUUAAGAUGCUCGACACUCUCGGCUCUCCACUAGCGGACACGGCUCUUAUGGCAAAUGCGAUAAUGACUCAUUUGUUGCAGUAGCACUA